UAACAAUGACUCAUGUCGUGGCACAGCUUGAGUUAGCCCUUCAACAACAAGAGAGGAAAGGGGCGAAAACACAAAGAUUACAGUUUUGGCCAUUUUGGAAUAGAGGAUCAACACCAAAGGAUCAAAAUGAGAUUGAAGUUGUUAAAGUUGUGAUGAAUGAUCUUGAUAUUCUUUGUGUUGGUUAUGGUGACACAGUAUCUACAUCAAAGGAUCGAAGUGAGGUUGGAGUUUAUAAGCUGUCAAAGACCAUUCCUGCGACUACCAUGAAAGAAGAUGAUGUCCCUUUCGUUCUAUUCAGUGAAACAGAUGUCAUUGUUGAUGAUUAUUUUAGUCCCAUGUAUAAUGGAUUCAAAGGUGUCCUGAAAAUUGGAGAGGAUGCAACAAUUGAAAGGAUUCAUUACAUGCCUAAGCAUGAAUAUGAAUUUAAAGCAAAGGUUUCAAAACCCUUAUCUAAGCGGAAGCAUAAGAACGUGGUCGAACUUGUUGUAUACAAUAUGGAUGGCCUUCAGCAGGGGGUCCCUUCAUGACAUUCUUCAUGAACAGCAAGGCAUAGGUUCAAGCUCAAACCCAUAUCCGGCUUUAACAUGGUCCCAAAGAAUACAAAUCGCUCUUGGGGUCGCCAAGGGAUUAUUCUACAUCCAUAGCAAUGAAUGGGCCCAUCAUAACAUCAGAUCCAGCAAUAUUUUACUUUGUGAUGAUGAAACUGCUAAGAUAAUUCAUCCUAAUCUAUGGGCUGUAUGCUACUGUACGGAUUAUUUCGCUGAGGAUAUAAGCCAUCCUAAUCUACGGAAUGAUCACAAGCAAGACGAUAUUUACAACUUUGGUGUGAUUCUCCUUGAGCUUUUGACAGGUAGUAAAUUAUUUGAUAACACACGACGAGCAAGGCAGCAACACCUUGUGUCAUGGGCAUUACCACAACUUGAUUCAGACAAGGUACACAAGAUUGUAGAUGCUAGAUUAAAAGGAGACUACUUACGCAACUUCACGGCAAUUAGGAGGAUGGCUAAAGUUGCUCAAUUGUGCCUGCGAGAUGAAAAAUAUUGUCUUCCAAAGAUGCUUGAAGCUAUGCUACAUCUUGAGUUGUGCUUUCGUGAAACCAAACCACAAAACUCUCGGAGCUGAACUCAACCAAGAUUAUGCAUGAAUGCAGGAAAGCUGAAGUUAGACGAAAGCCGAAAUGAGAGAAAUUACUUCAUGCUUAUUUCAUUUCAUUGGAUUUUAUUUCCUUUUUUCUUUGAUCAAACUAUAAAAUUAUUUCAGACGAUUUAAGUGGCGCAUGUGUGAUUGGAAAUGAUUGCUGAACAUGGACUCAUUACUCUAGUAUAUACCCUAUAU